UGGUUACACUGGAUGGAUGACUACCGGCCGCUGCACCUUUACGUACUGGACGCCAGCAGUUUCUUGGCAAGACUAGAAUUUCUUGCCAAGCCAACUCACGGGGGGCUGUGUAGAAAAGCGCAUGUCCUCAGUCUCCUGUUAUUCACCAGAGCCAAGCCUGACUAGGACUGGGACAUUGCCCAAGCCAAGCGAGAGAGGACAGGCGCCCUAAGAGUAAGAGGCGGGAGUGUAAUGGCCAGUAUCAUGUACCACACCGGUGGGUGGCAUUGCAUGAAGGUGUUUCCUUUCGCCCUCUCUCUCUCUCCCUUAUUGUUUUGUUGCUUCCUGUCAUCUUGGUUGAUCUCGAAACAAGAAAACAGCAGCGCCUUGGGCCUUGUGCGCGCGCUCAUUUCGUCACUCUCACUCUUGCCCUCACUCUCAUGCUCACUCCUCUCUCACUCACUCACUCAUAAUAUAUCUCUCUCAUCGCAUCAUCUGCGUGGCCUGGGAACCGGGUUCUUAACCAAAAGUCUGACCUGCCAACAAAAACCCCCAGACUCAGUCCCACGUAUCUUUCUUGUCAGGCAAACUUUAUUUUCCCCUUCAUAUCCCUCGCACCUUGUUGUCAUCUUCCCUCGCCUUGUCGAAUCGGAAUCGCCACACAGAUAUGGAACACACCACCUAAACGGUAUAGACACCCACGACCGAGAGGGAAUAACGAAGAAAGAGAGAAAAAAAACUCAACUGCCUACACAGCCCCCCUUCGAUAGUCCAUAUGAGGAGGCAACAACGACAUUGAGACUCCAUAGUACCCAGCGGGCCCCCUUUCUCCAGGCGCCUACGAUCGUCCACGUCCGUGACUGUACCGACACGCCCCUCCCAAAAUCGGCAGGCAUCGCAUCACACAUCACGCAUCGCGCAUCGCUGGCACCAAUAAUCUCUCCAAUAUCUCCAGAACCCGACCUAAUCAGCCACUUUCUCUCCCUCCCUCUCUCCCUCUCCUCUCACGUCGGGCCCUGACUUCACUUCAACGAUAUCGCGGUACACUCCAUAAUUCGUUCCAUUGUAAUCCAUCUCUCCUCCCUCCACGCUCUUCUCUCCGUCCGUUUCAACAACACUAAUCUAUCUACACAGCCUCCCCCAGAAUAUGCCUGGUAGGCCUCACGGGUUACACUGAUUGCCACCUGCGGGCGUUCAUCAGGUCGCACUCGUCGUACCCUAUUUUUUUCCACUUCGCCCUCGUGGUAUCCCAAUCAGCCGUUCUUUGUUUGCACCCGCGCAACCAAAUUCCUUUCGGGCCGCAGACUUACAACCAAACAAACUACUUACCGAACGCAUCUGCCAAGCAGCACCGGCCGACCGCACAUCUCUUUCUUCGAAAAAGGGAAGUGGGAAAAAACAAAAACAAA